GAGCAGAUCCAGUUUCUGGCUUUUUUUAACAGCAGUUAGACUGAGAGAGGUAAGACUAUGAUCAAGACUAAGACUAAUUAUACAGUACUAUAUGAUGAAGAACACAUUAUGGCAUGUAUACACAUCAAGGGAUUUUAUUGCCAUACCAACCAGGUUUCUAGGAAUUUGUUUUGGUAUGCUCAGGAUACAUGACAAAAAAGUGAAAUUGAGCAUAUACUGUGCCCCACUGCAAUAAUGUUUAUAAUAUACAACAAACAACAAGAUACUAGACAAUACUUUUGCCACAGAAAAAACCUGUUAAAAAGGUUUUCAAAAUGGCAGAAGGAAAUACUGCAUGAACUGACUGAGUGAUAGCUAGCACUUUGUGGUUCACAGUGAAUUGCAGAUUAUUAAUGAUAGUAUUUAUUACAAGAUAUGUUUUGCAGACAUGAUGGCAUGUAUAUUAAACUUAUCGAUUUAGUAUUCACACUUUCUAUAAAGCUACUACUGAAGUGUGGGAGGAGAAGGGAAUCUGAUUCUUUGCUUACUUUGAGGAAUAACAACUUUUGCAGAUGUUUAAUAUGAGAAGGAUGUAUUUUGUGUGUGGGGGUUUACUUUAUAAGCAUAUGGCAACUAUUGUAUGUAAUGGUUUGGAUUACAAUUUCCAAAAAGAUUUGGACUUUCAUACUGUGGUAACAGACACUGUGACACUGGUAAUCCUUACUGCUUAAAAGGUUAAAAGUUGUACACCAUAUUUUAAAAGGACUAAAAAAUCCACAAGAAAUAAGUCAGUAGGAUGAUAAAUGCAUUUGUCUAAUUUGUCAGGAUUAACCACCAUACCAUAAUACAAUGUGCUCAUACAUAAUCUCACCCUAGAGCACCCUAGAGGGACAACCAAAGCAGUUAAACAACUUCUUGGAUAUGUUACUUGUUCUUCUUGCAUCUUAUUGAUAGCUAGCGAUUUAUCCCUUAGGUCAUAGCUCAGCAUCUAUCGAUGCUGUAGUAUGUAUGGUAAAUGCAGACCAGGCAUUUGGCCCUGCCGUGAAAAUAAGUCUACUACAGUAUUAAACAAGUCUACUGCAAUAUUAACAUGAACAUGUUUAAUACCAUGUGCCAAAGCUUAUACUACAUUAUUAUACUAACUGGUAUAUAUUUUCUGUAUAAUGGCAAUAGAAAAUAUGUUUUAGGGAUGUGUUUGACAGGUCCUACACUCCGACCAUGUUGGUGUAUCAUCAGCACACUGCUGGAUAAUAUGUAUUUGUUGCAAGUGGUCAGUCCCAAUCAAUCACUAUUCUUAGCAGCUUUGCUAUUGGCUCCCAGGUUAACCAGUCACAAAACGACCAGAAUGUCUCGUCACACAAAACAGCACCUGUGAGUUUCUCACACUCAAACUGUCUCCGUUACAGCCUUCCACUUUAAGUAUAUUCUAUAGGACAUGGAUGUUUGGCUAUAGUCGAUGAGAAAUACCUCAAUCUUGAGUUAGAAUUUGCAGAUCUACAAAAAAAAGUCAACUGGAACUACAGGUCACUGUCAAGUGUAUUGUAAUUUAAUAGCUCAUUGUUAACUGACAAUGGGUUUGCGAGGCAUUGGCUUUCUCCUCCAGUGUUACCUGAUGUUGGCAGCAGCCAUGUAUUUUGAUCUUGCAGAACAGGAGGAAAAAUGCAUCAUUGAAGAGAUUCCUGAAGACAUGCUGGUCACCGGUUAUUUCUUGUUGGAGCCUUGGGAUUUGAAGAUGUUCACCAACUCCCCUCACCUUGGAGUUACUGUGACAGUCAGAGACCCAAACCAUGAGGUUCUGAUGACCAAACGCUAUGGUAAAUUUGGUAAAUUCACCUUCACAGCUCACGCCUCUGGUCAGCACUACCUUUGCUUCCAAACCAACUCCACAAGGUUUGCUGUCUUUGCUGGAGAGAGGCUGAAGCUACAUUUGAACGUUCACAUGGGAGAGCACUCGAUUGACCCUAACACUGACAAGACCAAAGACAACAUGGAGGCUCUGGAGAACAGCCUCAGACACCUCAUAGAUCAGAUGAUGUACAUCACCAGGCAGCAGGAGUACCAGAGGGAGAAAGAGGAGGCAUUUCGUCAGAUCAGUGAGGACACCAACGGUAAAGUGCUAUGGUGGGCCGUGGUGCAGACCUCUAUUCUGCUGUCGGUUGGUUUCUGGCAGAUGAAACGACUCAAAGACUUCUUCAUCGCCAAGAAGCUGGUCUGAUGAUGAUGACCUCUGUCCUGUCAGCUCUAAGCCUGAUCACCUUAUAGCAUGUCCUGCCCAUACCUGUCCCACUGUCUAUAAUGUAGGCUACAACAAGUAUACUUUAUGUCUGUAAACACUUCAAAAUUAAAAGGUCUCUUCUCUUAUUGCCAAACAUGGGAUAUAAGAUUAAAAAUUAUGUAUGGCUAAAAUAAUGAUGUUUGAAAAUAAGUGUAAGGAUGUGAGGCAGUUAAUUUUUGUUAUCUUGUUUGUGUAUGAUGUGGACAAUCUUGCCAAAACUACAAUAUUUUUAAUUCUUUGUCUUUUCCUUCUUCUUUUAUCUUUCAACUCUGUUGCCCUUAAAACAGCAUUGCAUAAGACUUGAGUUCAUUGUAAUCUUGCUUUGGAGUGAUAUCAACACAACUGUUUAUACUUCUGUUAAAAUGAAUUUAUACUUCUUAUGUCAUUUGAAGGAGAAUUGUUUUGUGAUUAUUUCCCUUUUAAAACAAUAAGAAAAAUGAAU